GAAACUGAAGAGUCUGGAGCAUCAUGCUGCCUCUAAACAUCUUGUUACUGUCAAUGGCGUUAGCUGUUUUCAGCCGAGUGUCUGCAGCCGCACCUCUUGAAGUGGAGAAGGAAAAGGACGAGGUGGAGAUUGAAGGAGGAGAGGAAGCAGAAGGAGAACUGUCCGAGGAGGAGGAGGAUGAAGAUCAGUCCAAGGACCAGACUCAGGGGAUCCUGGUUGGUCAACAUUCAACUGCAGCGCCCUCCAAAGGCACAGGUCCUGCUGGUUCUUCUGCUGCAGAGGGUGUUGUUGGGCCCAGUCCUGGUUCAGCUGGGUCUGUUGCCGCCCCAGAGGGUGGUUCUGCUGCAUCUGCAGGGGGUUCUGCUGUAUCUGCAGGAGGCCCUGGAUCUGCAGGAGGUCCUGGAUCUGCAGGAAGUCCUGGAUCUGCAGGAGGUCCUGGAUCUGCAGGAGGUCCUGGAUCUGCAGGAGGUCCUGGAUCUGCAGGAGGUCCUGGGUCUGCAGGAGGUCUUGGAUCUGCAGGUUCUGGGUCUGCAGGUCCUGGAUCUGUAGGAGGUCCUGAGUCUGCUGGAGGUCCUGGUGGUUCUCUAUCUGGUCAAGAAGGAGGUUCUGUGGGGUCUUUGACAGAUCCGAGUCAUGACCCAGCCUCUCCCACAGAAGCUCCAGGCCCCGCCCCCGACCCUAGUGGGUUUGAUGGUGCUGACUCUGAUUCCAAUGGAAAUGGACACAAGUUAAUGAAUGGAGCACCAGCUGAUAACAGACCAAUCACAGGUUCAGAUCCUGGUCCUGGUCUUGGUCCAGACCCAGCCUCUCAUGACUUUCUGCUCAGCCUCAUGGUGGGUUCGCCAGUUGGGACCUUGGUGCCCGAUCCUGGUCCUGCUCUGGACUCAGGAACUGCCCACGCCUCUCUGCCUGCUCUGGACCAAUCAGCUACUCUCAAACCACUGACUGUCACAGAUGGACCUGACUCACCAGACUCUCCAGACUACAACGGCAAUGGUCGACUGACAGUGAUCUCUCAGAGCGUAACACAGCGAGUCCCCGAAGUCCGGACACAUGAUAUCCUUGUGCCACAUGAACUAAAUGGAAACAUGGAUGCAGUCACCAGUUUCCCAUUUGAGCUCACAGCCUCAGGACUGGGUCUGGGACCAGACUCCACAGAGCCAUCUCACGUGCUUCUUCACACAGAAUCAGUGGAUCAUAUCACUCAUCUGGUUUCAACAGUUGCCCAGGUCAAAACAUCAUCCACAUCCAACCCAGUAGACUGA